AUGUCCCAGCAAGCACGCACCUAUCGGACUGCCGAUGGUGGCAGCUGCCAGUUCACCCGCGUUUCACAGGCAGCAGGCAGGCGCCGGCAAGUCGGGUCUGAGUCUCAACACCGGUGUGUGGAGUUUGAGACUCAGCGCCGGUGUGUGGAGUCUGAGACUCAGCACCGGUGUGUGGAGUCUGAGUCUGAGACUCCACGCCGGUGUGUGGAGUCUGAGACUCAGCACCGGUGUGUGGAGUCUGAGACUCAGCACCGGUGUGUGGAGUCUGAGUCUGAGGCUCAGCACUGGUGUGUGGAGUCUGAGUCUCAGCGCCGGUGUGUGGAGUCUGAGUCUGAGACUCAGCACCGGUGUGUGGAGUCUGAGUCUCAGUGCCGGUGUGUGGAGUCUGAGUCUGAGACUCAGCACCGGUGUGUGGAGUCUGAGUCUGAGGCUCAGCACUGGUGUGUGGAGUCUGAGUCUCAGCGCCGGUGUGUGGAGUCUGAGUCUGAGGCUCAGCACUGGUGUGUGGAGUCUGAGUCUCAGCACUGGUGUGUGGAAUCUGAGACUCAGCACCGGUGUGUGGAGUCUGAGUCUGAGGCUCAGCACUGGUGUGUGGAGUCUGAGUCUCAGCACUGGUGUGUGGAGUCUGAGUCUCAGCGCCGGUGUGUGGAAUCUGAGACUCAGCGUCGAUGUGUGGAGUCUGAGACUCAGCGUCGGUUUGUGGAGUCUGAGUCUCAGUGCCGGUGUGUGGAGUCUGAGUCUGAGGCUCAGCACCGGUGUGUGGAGUCUGAGUCUCAGUGCCGGUGUGUGGAAUCUGAGUCUCAGCCUGGGUGUGUGGAGUCUGAGUGCAGGCUGCCCCGGUGUGCCUGCCCUCCCUGUUCUGCCCAUUAA